AUGGUCACUCCUCUCUGGCGGGAGCAGGCUCUGUGCAGGCCCUGCAGCAGCAUUCAAGCUCUUGCCCUCUUGGCACCCGGGUUCUUGUCCAGCAUCCAGGAAGAAGAAUCAGGUCACACGAAUACGUUGAAGGGUAGUGUAUGUGGAGGAUUUUACUGGGCGAUGGAUGUGGUUCUCAUUGGAAUGGGGAGUUGGAAAGGGGAUGGUGCAGGAAAGAGGUGCUCUUUCCCUGAAGCCACACUGUCUGAAGUUAGCAGUGUCUAUCCGCAGUCCCCAGUGCUCAGCCGCUUAAGAUACACGGGCUAUGACUUCGCGGUUGUCACCGAGCGCCCCGCCCACCGCGCGCCCCGCCCACCGCGUUCUCCGACCCGCUGCCGGCAGGGGGCUCGCGGCCUCCGCCAGGCGUCUUUCGGCUCCGUCAGUUCCCACAGGGCCUUGUGCGGCAUGGGCUGCGCCGAGGGCAAGGCAGUGGCGGUGGCCGCCCCAACGGAGCUGCAGACCAAAGGCAAGAACGGCGAUGGCCGCCGUAGGUCAGGCUCAAGUGAUUCUCAUGCCUCAGCCUCCCAAGUAACUGGGAUUACAGUACUUCUAGCUAAAGAUCAUCACCCUGGUAAAACUUUGCCAGAGAACCCAGCAGGAUUCACCAGCACGGCCACUGCAGACCCCAGAGCCCUGCUUCAGGCCUAUAUAGACGGUCACUCCGUGGUCAUCUUCAGUAGGUCCACAUGCACACGCUGUACUGAGGUAAAGAAGUUAUUUAAAUCUCUGUGUGUUCCUUAUUUUGUGCUUGAACUUGAUCAAAUAGCAAAUUCCUCUUAUUUUCCUUUAGAGUUGAGGGCCUGUGUACUGCCUAACUGCAUUGGUAAUGGAGUGAGUGCCCCAUGA